AUGGCCUCCGCCUGCAUAUCAACUUGCGUUAACGAUAUCGCCAGAGCACCGGUAAGAGCCACAUAUAUAAACCUGUAUAAAUGGCCGGAAUCCGACGCUGAGUUCAUAAAAUCAGUCAGCAAAAGAAUGAACCACGUGAAUACUACGGACGGGUCCAUUAAUCAUCAACCAAAGCCAAAGGUGGUGGACAGCAUUUCAUGCAGGCAAUUAUACUUAAGAAGCUACACUUUUUCAAGAGAAGAGAACGUUAACGAGAAAACAGUACUGAAUUGCUAUGGAAGAGUGAAAGAUGGGGUUAGAAGAAAGAAAAAAGCUCGUAAUAUUGCUGGUAGUAAUUCAAGUGGUGGCCGGAGAAGUAGUAGAAGAAAACGUAAAGGUUUUAGAAAGGCUAAGGAGAUAUCAUGCGCUGCUUUGGCUUCCAUAUUCCGACGACUAUUAUCUUGCACAACCAAGGUUGAUGUGGUUGGUUAA